AUGGCCUCCAGGCAAGGGAACCAAUCUAGUGAGAGUUUCAGGAAGGAAGAAGAGGUGGAUAUAUGCAAUGCUCAGGAUGUGGUAAGCAUUCAGUUCUUGUACCAUACAUUCCUAGAUGACAGUAUAGCUAAAGUGUUGACCAUCCUUCUCUGGAAAUAUCAAAUGCAGGAGACAAUCACCAAGGCAGAAAUGCUGCAUACUUUGGGCCCUGCUUAUGAUAACAAACAAACAUCAGUAUUCAAGAUACUCCGUCAAAACAUGUGCCUGACCUUCGGCAUUGAUAUGAGGGAAGUGGACUUCAUGAGCCACACUUAUGCCCUCUUGCCUCUCUUGGGCCUUACUUAUAGUGGGAUGCUCAGUGCUAAUUACCAGUGCCUUUCCAAAGUUGACCUCUUGAUAGUCAUUCUGACUAUCAUCUUCGUGAAAGGUAACUGUGCCAGUGAAAAUGACAUAAAGGAAUUACUAGUAAAAAGGAAAAAGUUACCUCAGAAGGAUCACUUUGUUCUUAAGGAUCCCUGGAAAUUCAUCACUGAGGAAUUGGUACAGGAAGGAUAUCUAGAGUACCGGCAGGUGGCCAACAGUGAUCCUGCUCACUAUGAGUUCUUGUGGGGUCCAAGGGCCCACACUGAAACCACCAAGAUGAAAGUCCUAGAGCAUUUGGCAAAGGUUAAUUGGAGAGAACCCAGUUCCUACCCACGUCUGUAUGCAGAUGCUUUGGGACAGGAGCAAGAGGCUGCCCGUGCAUUAGGUACUGGCCAAUAA